AUGUAACUUCGGAUGACUGCGCGAUAUACGACGCGACAGGAACGGAAGCGUUUAUACUUUGGCGCCUGGUUCAACUUAAAUGAGCGUCCAGAACUGGUGUAUAUGCUAAACUCGUUGGCGGACUCUCGUCUUCAGUGAUGGAGUAUGGAAGAGAACGAGUGGUGGCGUUGGUCGACAUGGACUGCUUUUACGUCCAGGUGGAACAGAGGCUCAAUCCAGCCCUGGGGAAGACCCCCUGUGUGGUCGCCCAGUACAAGACGUGGAAAGGAGGCAGUAUCAUAGCGGUGAGCUACGAGGCCCGGGCCCACGGUGUCACCAGGAACAUGUGGGUGGACGACGCAAAGAAGCUGUGCCCAGACCUCCAGGUGGCUCGAGUGCGCGAGUCUCAUGGCAAGGCAGACCUAACACAUUACAGGGAGGCAAGUGUGGAGGUGAUUGAGGUGAUGUCUCGCUUUGCUGUGAUUGAGAGGGCCAGCAUUGAUGAGGCCUACAUGGAUCUGACUGCUGCAGUCCAGCAGCGGCUGAAAAACAUGACAGACAAACAAAUAGAGCCUCACCUGCUGAGAACGACCUACAUCCAGGGGUACCCACAAAGUUCACCUGAACUGGAAGCAUCCGCAGAGGACGCAGUCUUGGAUAAAGAGGAGCAGAGGUCGAGAGGUGUCCAGCAGUGGCUGGAAUCCUUACCUGUCCCUCUGUCCGGAGAGCAGAGUUCUGCAGAUCUGCAGCUAACCGUGGGGGCCCUCAUUGUCGAGGAAAUGAGAUCAGCCGUGGAGAAACACACAGGUUUCAGCUGUUCAGCAGGGAUAUCACACAAUAAGGUGCUGGCCAAGCUAGCCUGUGGUCUGAACAAACCUAACCGACAGACUGUUCUGCCUUUGGACUCUGUAACAGAACUUUUCAACUCUCUACCCAUCAGCAAGAUCCGUAACCUGGGGGGUAAGCUGGGUGCUUCCAUUACAGAGACUCUGGGAGUAGAGAACAUGGGAGAUCUGACUCGCUUCUCUCAGGCCCAACUGGUACAGCACUUUGGAGAAAAAACAGGCCAGUGGCUGUAUGACUUGUGUCGGGGGAUUGAGUUUGAAGCAGUGAAACCCAGACAGCUCCCCAAGUCCAUCGGCUGCAGUAAAAACUUCCCUGGGAAGACGUCACUAGCUACAAAAGAGCAGGUACAGUACUGGCUUCAUCAACUGGCUCUUGAGCUGGAGGAGAGGCUGGCCAAGGAUAGAGAAGUGAACGGUCGAGUGGCUAGGCUGUUGACAGUUGGUGUGCGUCAGCUUGGGGAUAAGAGAUCGAGCAGCUUCUCUCGCUGUUGUGCUUUAGUGCGCUACGAAGCGACCAAAAUAUCCAGUGACAGCUUUGCCAUUAUCAAGAGCCUCAGCAUAGCAGGAAACCACCAGGCUACAUGGACUCCGCCCCUCACCCUGCUCCACCUAUCAGCUAGUAAAUUUAGUGACGCUCCGUCUGCAGGGGGGAUAGCUGGUUUCCUUUCCAGUGAUGUCACUUCAACCCAGAGCCUUUUCUCCACCACUCAGUCCCCCACCCAGCCACCCUCUGAACCGAAAAAUGUGAAAAAUGACCCAACAUGUAAACAACCGGGCACUAUUCAGUCUUUUUUUCAAAAGGCAGCUGAGAAACAAAGACAGAAGUUGAUAAAAGAGGACGAGGAGGAGGAUGAAGAUAGAGGCUCCACAGGAAUUCUCUCAUGUUCCUCCACCUCUGCAACCGGUAGUCAACUGGAGACAGAUACCAAUUGCCCGGUUUCUUCCUUCACACUUUCCUCUCACUCUACAAAUGGUUCAUCCAGACCCCAUCCUGGCAUUUCCUCUUUCUUCCAUAAGAAGAGUCUUGAAAGAAGCUUACAGGCCUCAGCGUCAACACCGAGCGAGCCCGAAACAGGACACAGACCUGCGACUGUCAAUAAAAACGAAGACUCAGAAGACACUGUUGCUGUUGUGUCAGGCCUGCAGGAAAAAUCUAGCUCAGGGUUUACAUCUCAACAGUCACUAUGUGAAGAGUUAAGGGAUGAACUGGACAGUGGUCCAGAGGAUAAUCCCCAUCCUCCCAGUGUGGCCAGAGAAGACCUCUUAAACUGUGAACGCUGUGGCCAGGAGGUGUUGGUCUGGGAAAUGCCUGAACACAAUGACUAUCACUUUGCCCUGGAUCUCCAGAAUUCACUCUCUUCAUCUACGAGUUCAGCUGCUGUCUCUACCUCUUCUUCCUCUGCGUCUCCUCUCAGAGUGGCGGCACCAGGCACAGCCCAGUCCACCCGGGGCAAGACAAAACCCAGAGGCCAGUCAGGACCCCAACCGAAAAGACACCGCUCUCAAGGUGGAAGUACGGGUACUCUGGAUUCUUUUUUCAAGAGGAGCUGAUGAUGUGCUGCAGAACAGCAUUUUUAAAUAAAAUAAAAUACAAAUUUGUGUGUGAGUGUGAGUGUGACAAACGUGUCAGGACAAUGUGAUUUGCUAUUGCAUUUGCUCGAAGAAUGGAAAGCCAUAUUGUAACAGGCUACACUAGGACUUGUUUUAAAUGAUUGAUGGUAGUGAGCUUUAUAUUGUAAGACUGUGCACAAAUUAAAGAAAGUGUUGUAUUGUU